GGAACCCAUUGUCACAACUUCAUCUGUCACAUCAUCACCGUCUUCAUCAUCAACUACUUCCCAACAAACUUCUUCCACUGAAAGCACAUCACAAACAAGCUCAAUGAGCUCAACGACAACUCUGCCAACUUCAACUUCAGCUGUGACAACUCGAUCAACAUUGCCAACAACAAGUAAAACAACCAUGUCUCAAACAACCUCCCCCAGUACACAAACUUCAUCACCAACCUCUAAAACUUCAGUCCCCACAUCAACUGUCUUCACGAGCACCCUCACACCCACAACAACAGGAACAAUAGCUUCUACAACUCCUGUGUGCACACCAGAGGAUUGUCGGUGUGCUGCUGGCACCUGUGUCUACAGCCCCAAGCAUAAGGGAUGUCGCUGCAAAUGUCACGAUGAUAUUUUUGGUAAUACAUGCAUAUUCGGAGUAAAUGACACCGUUCCUGCUGUAGAUAUGGGAAAAAUUCCACAACGUAGAGCAAAUUUAACUUUGAAGGUUGACAUGCUGUAUUCACCUCAGUAUGAAGAUUUAAACUCAACUCUGUCUGUCAAAUUCAUCACUACAUUGGAACCCUUGCUCACAUCACUAUGCAAGGAGGCAGACAGAGAGAACUUUCUAAAAGUGAAGGUUGUCCGUCUAUCAGAAGGAAGUAUUGUCGCAGACAGCGCAGCUGUGUACAGUUAUCCGAACAACGAUUCAGAGAUCCAGUUUAUCAACAACCAGCUUGAUACAGUUUUGACCACUAUCCUAACUAACACAACUAACCUCGAAACAAUUUCCCAGGCCUUCAAUACCAGCAAUGUGACAGUUGAUGCAAUAACCUUUGAACCUCCAAAAAUUUCCAAUAUAUCAGACCUGCAAGCUUUUAUAAAUUGCAGUGAAUAUGCUAAUUACACGGCUGAGGUCAUAGACGGUCAAUGGCGGUGUUCUGGACCUUGCAGAAUUAACCCGGAAUACUGUAAUAGACAUGGGGAAUGCUUCAACCACAUUUACAAUGGACCAAUUUGUAGCUGCUUUAAGAACAGUCUAGAAGAGUAUUAUGGUCCAACGUGCGAACACUACCGGAAGCGUCCAGGCUUUUAUGGAGCUGUGUUUGGGUCAAUAACAGCAGCAAUUCUCAUCGUAAUCCUUGUUAUCACUGCUGUCUUUGUCACAAAAAAGUACAGAGGAAUUUGGAUACGGACUGACUCCCUCAACAAAAACCUGGAUACCUUUGAGGAAGACUUCUUUGAUUUCUCCUAUACAGGACUGGAAGACACUGAGAGACCAGAGACUUUGAGUCCACAUUUAGAAAGUGUUAAUACCACAACAGGUGAAAGUAAAACAUCCUGAGGUGUUGAGUGAUCCAGGCACUGUGAAUCUACAACAUCGAAAAACAUUUAAUCUGUAUUUAAUAAGUUGGAUGCUGCUUUGAAAAAUGAAAAAAAAGAUGGUAUUCCAUUGUAAAAAUGAUUUCUAAGUUUUAUUUUGCGUCCUCAUAAUAAAUUAAGUGCUUCAAAUUCAUUCUAAAGUACAAUUGUGAGGCCCGUCUCUUUUUUUGGUAUGAAGCACUCUUUGCAUUCGUGGAGACAGGUGGUUAACAUGCUUGGCUGUGGGGACCCAUGUUUUCCAGGUGUCCACUAUGAUAGAGUAGAUUUGGAUGUUAGCUUGACUAAGGAUUAGUCACAACUCACAACUCAUGAAAACCAAUUUGGUCGUUUUGGGGAAAGAAACAACAGACACAGGUACUGGGAUACUGCUGGUCGCCUUCAGUCAACCCCGUCGCUGCAUUCCACCCCACAGUCAAGAAGUGCUACUAAGGAUGACACGCCACCUG